AUGGUGAUCGCUCUGAUACUGGCAUUCAAUCAGCAGUUUAGCGAGCAUGCGGUGAAUGUGAUCAUCGAAGCCAUGCAGAAUCGGCCCACAGCCAAAGUGUUCACCGAGAAGCUCUUGUUGCUGCUCAAUCGAGAAGAUGAUCCAACGCGACUGCUGAAGCAUCACAAUGAGCACAUGAACACGGUGCUGCGCAUGUUUAUUGACAUCUUCAGUCAUCCGGAUACGGCUGGCAUGUUUUAUACAAACCAUAUCAAUGACCUCAUCGAUAUUGUGGUGCGUCAACUUUCCGAUCUGGAUGCGGGCAAUGUGUUAAUUACGUCCGUGCUAUUUGGAGCUGUGUCGUCGCAUUUUGCGCAACACAAACUAUCAGGACCAUCAGCAUCGCAAGCACGAUCUCAUGAAGAUCUUUAUGCGCAUCUUUUGCGAGGAGACCGAAUGCAGUGCAUCCGAUCAGCAGUUAGUGCGCGAAAUCGCCAACGAAUUUCCCCAAUUGUUUAAAGACAGAAUCUAGAAUUGCAAACACAAAAACACAACUCCUAAAACCAACUAAAACCAAAAUAAAUACCAAUCUAAAGCGUUGCUAGUGAGGCUACUAAAGCGAGCCAACCAAAAAUAUUUUCAAUUUUAAAUUGUAUAGUUUACAAAACUGAGAAAUCAACAGCAGCUAAAUAACUUUUCGGAUAGCCUUAAAAAAAUGAAUCAACUGCUCGCUAUCUCUAUCUAAUCAAAUCAAUAACAAGAAAUGAAAAUGCAAAACAAACAAACUUUUCGACAAAUGCAAUUUUAUAUAAUAUGUGUUUAUUAAUUUGUAAGACGUUUUUAAUUGAUAUUAAAGUUUAUAAACAUAUUAAGUUUAUUGUUAAACGAUAAAACAAAAAAUCCCCAAAAAAAAAAAUAAUUGUUAAAUUGAAUUGAAACAGAAAAACACAAAACAAAAAAAUGUACAAAAGAAUUUUUAACAACAA